UCGUAAUGAAGUGUUCGGGGAUUGGCAGAGCUCGUUUUUUUUAAAUGGAGUGCAUGCCUUAUUGCCCUCGGUGGCGAUGGGUGAAGAUGCAGAAGAUAUCGAAGAUGCAGUGAAGAUACAUCUAGACUAAUAUAACAUCGUCUUCAAUGCACUAAGUACCCCUCCCAACAUGAGAUGGAGUACGUGGACGAGUAAGCUGCAUCGGUUGCUGUUGAAGUUUCUGACACUGGGCGUAUGCUGUCAUCUGGGUGCAGCCCUGCGAGUGAGGCCUCUGGCCAUCAUGCCUCACAGUCUGAAACUAGGCUCCGACUGCAAGUCCUCCAUGGAAUGCUUAUUAUUCGUGCCCAACAGUCACUGCAAUUGGCACGAGGGAGCCGUCUGUGACUGCCAGCCGUACCACGUGCGGUACAACAACACCAUGUGUUUGAAAGGUUCUUUGCUUUCGUAUGGGUGCGUAAUGGAUGAACAGUGCACGAGCAGAGUUCCACACAGCCGGUGUGGUGAAAAUGGUUUAUGCGGCUGUCAAGACAACUACAUUCCUUACCGCCUAGACAAAUGCCUACCACCUGCAAAGCUUGAGGAUUUCUGUCUCAACGACCUCCAAUGCCGAAUGGCGAACACAUUCAGCUAUUGCAAAUACAUCAUACCCAGGGUGUACGGGAAAUGCAAAUGCCCGACCGGCUACAUGCUCACCCACGAUCAAGGAUGCAUGCCGUAUCUGGAGAGCGAAUGCGGCUCGAACGACGACUGUCGCAAGGUGACCCCGAAUUCCCAAUGCAUCCGGAAGGGCAACAAGAACGUUUGCGCCUGUAGUGAAGGUUACAGAACGUCUGGGAAUAAGAUCCGUUGCGAAGCUGAUAAGUACGUGGACUCUCCUAGCAUCUUAAGUUUGACUAAAGUGAAGCCCGUCAACCGUAUACCACCCGCAUCGCUGAAACUGAAGCCUCAGUCCCUCGGAAAAGUGUGCAACUACACGCGAGAGUGUCAGCUGCGAGACAAGUACAGCGACUGCAUCGAUGGUGUUUGCCAGUGUGUCCAUCCCACGUCUACAUGCAGUAAAACGCAUACAGGCUGUCUCAACGACACCUUCCAAUGCAACAAUGGCCAAUGUAUCUCCUGGUUCUUUGUGUGCGACGGAAUGAAGAACUGUGCCGACGGAAGCGAUGAAUCCGGCUGCAAGAAAUACCAUUGUCCUUUGGGCUCGUUCCAGUGCGACGAUGGUACCUGCAAGUCCAGGGCAACUGUGUGUAACGGCAAAUGGGAAUGCCCCGAUGGCAGUGAUGAGGCAAGAUGCUACAAAGGUAUCAAGUGUGACAGGAAUGCCUUUCAGUGCAAAAAUGGCCAGUGCCUACCAAAGUACGUGUUCUGCAAUGCUGUAGUGGACUGCACCGAUGGAAGCGAUGAAGAUCAAGAAGCUUGCAUAAAAGGCGAAUCUUGUCCUGCGGAUAGCUUCAGGUGCAAGAACAAGAUGUGCCGUUCGUCCGCCAUUCUCUGCAGCGGAGUUGAUGGAUGUGGAGAUAACAGUGACGAAAUCGGCUGCUCAGUCUGUAAAUGCGACAAGCCACCGGACACCUCAGCGUCGUCCAUCUAAGGGAAAGGGGGAGCCUUACUGAGUUCCCACCACGGCAGCUACUUGACACAUUACUAAGUUAUUGCAUCAACUCAUUACCGCGUGUUUGACGGAGCAGAGGUUCAUAUCCAUGGUCUUCGGGGGAAUAGGAGGACAUUACUGGUGCUUUCUGCAAGAUAUCUGUUCCUACUGACACGGGUUUCCACUAGAGCGAUCUGGAAACCGUGAAUUGUACACUCUCUCAGCUUUCUCUACUGGAGUCCUGUGAAAAGUGGGAAAGUGGAAACCGAUUCUAACCUGUAUUGUCCAAAUGAUUUGAUGUACAAAUCAAAUCAGUCGGACCAUGGGAGGCUGACCGAAUUACAAAUAUUUACCAGACCAGAAAAAACAAAAACAAAAAAGAAACGGAUUUUCGCUUUGGGAAGCUCAUAGGAACACAUAUUUCAUGAUUUCUAUUAGUCAUAUUUAGUGUCUGACUUUCUCAUGCAGAACCUAAUUUAGUCAAUUCUUUUCUGUUUUGGUUAAACCCGAUGAGUUGGAGAAUUAACUUUCGGAUUUACAACUGCAACUGAUCGAAGAGCAUACGGAGGCGAAAUGGCUUGCAGGACGUUCCAGAACAUGUGUGCAGCAAUGUAGAUACGAUCCAGCGUGUACUAUUGCCUAAAGACCUCCUGUUUCUUUAACCCGAACAUCGACGCUUAUUUCACCUCGAAUUUUUACGGAUUCGCCCGAUUUUUACUUCCCGAGUUACAGGAAAGCAUGUAGCGCUGAACAGUUCAGACCUUCGAAGGAAACUUUACUAAAUGGGCUGCAGAAUACUCGGUGUUUCCUUCUAAACUACUAAACUAAACAGGGAGGCCAUGCUCGCUGAUUGUCGAGAUAACUUGACGCGGCGAGAAAAGCGAGCAGAACGCUCUUAUUAUUGGACAGCGGAACACACGGCACUUCCCGCAGCUCAAUAUUGGCGCGCGUUCCGCUUAUCUUCCUCGACGCGUCAAAUUAUCUCGACAAUCAGCGAACAUUGCCCUCCCAUGUACUCGAUACAUUCCUCAAACUCUCCAACUCAUGAUUUCACGUGACUUCAUUGACUUUGCAGGCCCGUACCAAUAGAACGAAGAUAGCUUCUGCGAGUCGAACCUAAAGGGGCAGUCAGGAUCAUGCAUGGGCUGCGACCUGUCCCCUUUCCUUUCUUUCUCGGAGCCUUCAUUAGUUGCGUGUCACACUAUAUUGUGUGCUGAAAAAACAGGAGUUGAAUGCAGCCUACUGCUGUCCUUAGAAGGAGGACUGUGCAUGCAACGUCACUAAGAAGAAUUGGUAUAUUCAUUCGAACAUUCUUUGGCCACUUGGCUCUCCUUAGUCAUCGUAAAAUUAACGAAACCCGCGGGAUCAUAAAUCAUGAAACUACUGACGGUGCUCAAAUGAGGCAUUCUAAAGGUUCCUAUUACACGCGGUUCUGAAAACAUUAGGAGGCUGACCGAAGUCAAGUGCGCGUACAAUCGAGACUGGACAGCCUUUGGUUUUGAAGAAACGGGUACUGCUGCCGGUUUGACAUGGAACCAGGCCCUUCGCCUCACCUAACCUUGCAAAGCAAGGUCGCCUUUCUAGAGUGGUGAAACAGGGUGCGUCAGAAGGUGAGGGAAGCAAUGCCGUGGUGAAGUGGAUAGGAUACGAUUGAAGGGAAGCACCUCGACAACGUGACUCCUCGGACUGCCCCUUUACGACAUUCCACCAUAGUUUUCAUCGCGAUUGUAGUCACGGCAGCAUAAUGGGAUCGCGUCCCGUUACGUUGUCGCGUUCAGUGGCAGCUAAUAUAUUUCACUACUUAUAUGUAAACACACACGUUUUAGUCUCUCAUUUUCUAAUGUACUUGUGAACGUAGUUGUGCUGCGCCAGUGGCGUUUCCUGCAGAGCGGGACGACGUGUUCCAAAGCCGUUUGAUGUGAUGUGAUGUAAACGAGCGAUGUGUGUAACACUACACUAAUAUGUAUGUAUAAAUGCACAGGUGGUUCAGAAACCUAACGAGCUUAUUUACGUGCAAGGUUUCCCAUUGGUACUUGUGUAGAUUUCUAUUUCCCCCCAUGCACAUUUUCUUGAACAGAUGCUCCGUGGUUCUGGAAAGUCUUCUGGUGACUUACUCGACCUCUCCACCAUACUUUUUCGUAUCCGGUAUUUCUGGCACACUGUGUUCUAUUUAUUUAUUUAUUUUUAUUUUUUCGAGGCGAGAACUUCUGUGCCAGUUUUACGCACGCGCAGUAUUUGUAUCAGUAUUUGAUUUCUACGUUUAUGUAUAGAAGACGUAACGUGUGCAUCAUGUUGCGUUCCAUCGACCCCAAACAGGAGGGCGGAGGUUGCAUGGGAGUGAGUGCUAAUCGAGCAGAGUCGGUGUGCCAAGACAGUGAUCGUUUGUCUCUCGCGUCUGUGCAUUGUUCGUGUUAUGUCCUAGAAUGUCACAGUAUGUGAUAGGGAGAGCAUGCCUUGUCGAUGUGGUGUAAAUGGUCGCACACCUGUGAGGACGGGUCCUAGCCCAGACACUGACAUUCACUUGCUUUUUCUGUCACCUAUUCAUGUCCCCAUAUGCGUAUGUUCAUCCUCAAGUGUAGUUCUUUGUGUGAAAGAAUAAAAGAGUAUUAUUUCGUACUACGUAAUAAAGACUUUAUCUGCGA